ACUGCGGUGUUUCUGUGUGUUACUGAGCAUCGAACAGCCGGCUGUGUGACCCGUCAGCUCUCCUGCUCGCAGGUCGCAGCAGACGGAUCCGUCUUUUAUUACAACGUCAACGCUGGCCGAUGCUAGCCGGCUAACAGCUAGCUGAGCAUCGGGAGGGGGAGGCGUCGCCACGGCGGCCAUCACGCCGUCUUUAUCGCUCCAUCUCGCCUUGAACCCGUCGAGCUUUUGUCUGGUGGUGUAACCGCAGGGGACACGGCUCACUGUCAGGUCUGAGAGACACACACUGCGAGUAAAACCAUUGUAUCGAAACGAGGACCAGUUUUAAUGCUAGAUGAGUGAGGUGGGUGUGGCUUCCCACCAGCCCGACCAUCCUGACUGACGGAUCUCUGGAUGACCUUGUCCCCACCCCUGUCCCUGCGCUCACAUACACCACAGCAAUGUCACAUCUGCCCAGCAGCUCAGUCCGCGACCAUAUGAAAUGGGCGGGGCUGCUUGGCUGCGAGGCUGUCCUCUCCAGCAUGGCCCUGAUGCAGGCAAGCUCCAUGGCCGCUCCACCUAAAAAAAUGAUGGCCCCACUUGGUCAUGGACCACCGCAGAGAGAGGGACCCGACCGUACUCCCCAGGGCCAUAUGAUCCUCCCAUCUGGAAUGAGCUGUCCACCCCUGGUUAGGACCCACUUCGGAAAUCUUAUCCGGAAGGAAGGUGAAUUCCAAGCUCCCCGCCUGCUGGAUGAGAAGGAGAUGAGGGCCAACGAGGACAUGCAGCAGAAAAAAAAGAAUAGGAAAUCAGUAACGCCCUGCAAAGUGAGAGAACAAGAAGGAAGGGGAGGGAAGGGCACAGGUGGAGAUGAGAAUGGUCCGUCAUCCAAAGUACAGAAAAACUUUAUUUGUGAUCACUGUUACGGAGCAUUUAGGAGUGGAUACCACCUGAAGAGACAUAUCCUCAUUCAUACAGGGGAGAAGCCGUAUGCUUGUGCCGUAUGUGACAUGAGGUUUAUUCAGCGUUACCACCUGGAGAGACACAGCCUCAUUCACACGGGGGUGAAGCCGUACGCUUGUUCCAUAUGUGACAUGAGGUUUUUCCAGCGUUACCACCUGGAGAGACACAGGCUCACUCAUACGGGUAUGCGUCCAUUAACCGUACCCAGUUCAAGGGUGAAGCCAUACGCUUGCUCCAUGUGUGACAUGAGGUUCUUCCAGCGUUACCAUUUGGCAAGACACAGCCUCACUCAUACUGGGGUGAAGCCGUACGCUUGCUCCAUGUGUGACAUGAGGUUCUUCCAACGUUACCAUCUGGCAAGACACAGCCUCACUCAUACUGGGGUGAAGCCAUACGCUUGCUCCAUGUGUGACAUGAGAUUUUUCCAACGCUACCACUUGGCAAGACACAGCCUCACUCACACGGGAGUGAAGCCAUAUGCUUGCUCCAUGUGUGACAUGAGGUUUUUCCAGAGAUACCACCUGGCAAGACACACUCUCACCCAUACGGGGGUGAAGCCAUACGCUUGCUCCAUGUGUGACAUGAGGUUCUUCCAGCGUUACCAUUUGGCAAGACACAGCCUCACUCAUACUGGAGUGAAGCCGUAUGCUUGCACCAUGUGUGACAUGAGGUUUAUACAACGUUACCAACUGGAGAGACACAGUCUUACUCAUACGGGGGUGAAGCCGUACGCUUGCACCAUGUGUGACAAGAGGUUUUUUCAGCGAUACCACCUGGCGAGACACAGCCUCACUCAUAUGGGAGUGAAACCUUAUGCUUGCACCAUGUGUGACAUGAAGUUUUUUCAGCGUUACCACCUGGCGAGACACAGCCUCACUCAUACGGGUGUGAAACCUUAUGCUUGCACCAUGUGUGACAAGAGGUUUUUUCAACGCUACCACCUGGCGAGACACAGCCUCACUCAUAUGGGUGUGAAACCUUUUGCUUGUACCAUGUGUGACAUGAGGUUUGUUCAGCGUUACCACCUGGCGAGACACAGCCUCACUCAUACGGGUGUGAAACCUUAUGCUUGCACCAUGUGUGACAAGAGGUUUUUUCAGCGCUACCACCUGGCGAGACACAGCCUCACUCAUUUGGGUGUGAAACCUUUUGCUUGCACCAUGUGUGACAUGAGGUUUGUUCAGCGUUACCACCUGGCAAGACACAGCCUCACUCAUACGGGGGUGAAGCCGUAUGCUUGUUCCAUGUGUGACAUGAGGUUUAUUCAGCGUAACCACCUGGAGAGACACAGCCUCACUCAUACGGGAGAGAAGCCAUUUGCUUGUGACAUGUGUGAUAUGAGGUUUAUCCAGCGCUACCACCUUGAGAGACACAAGCGUGUCCAUAGUGGGGAGAAGCCUUACCAGUGUGAACGGUGCCAGCAGAACUUUUCGAGGACAGACCGGCUGUUGCGACAUCGGCGAUUGUGCCAGGGUCGUGGCGUAGCCAAAGUAGAGAACCAGCCAUGCUGCGAUCCACGCCCAUACCCCCAAGAACCCCCACCCGCACCCCCAACCUGGAGUCCCCUGCAUCCCCCUCCAGGCCGACUGGCGGUCUGACAUUCCACCUUUCCUACGCCCACAAUACCGCCAGAGACGGGACAAGCCACAGGGUUUCUUCUUCUCAGCUCUGUGCUGAGUGAUGCCACACUCUAGCACAGACUGAUCUUGCAGCUCCAGUCUUGGGAUUACUAAUGACAGUGACAUUUGUGUUUUUGUUUUGUUGACUUUUUACUGUGUUUCCUCUUCUUCCCCCUGUUUUUUUAAAGACAAGACUUUUCUGUGAUGAACAGUUUUCCUGUUUUGUACUUAAUCUAUUUGAUUUUUGCAACAAAAAAAAAGUUUUUAUGGUUGUUCAAAUAUAUCUGCAUUUGGUGGUACUCGGGAAGGGCGGUGGGAAUUGUUUAUCCGGAUGUGUUGGCAACAAAUAAGGAUGAAGUGGUGAGGAAAAGUAUUUGAGCUUCUUUCUAACUUUUUGCUCAUGUGGCUCAUUUUUGACUCAAAAAGAUCGUCACUAAGGUCAGAAUUUAUAAAACUGAACUUUCCUUCCAGGUAAAGCAAGGAAACCACUCUGUUUACUUCUCAUGUAGACCAAAUCUUGCUUGCCAUUGUCGCUAAGAUAGUGCUAAGCAUUAAGACAUUUCACUGAAAGCAGUAUUUGGUCUAAAUAUGAUUUGAACAAUAGUAUUUCCCUGAAUUUAUCAACAAAGGAGGUACAGUUUUAAUGAUUUCUUUGUGUAAAAAAAUUUAAAAUGCUUAUUAUUUUGCUACGGGACUUAAGUGUUGAAUUUUAUUUUUUUUUGUUAACAAAAUGGGCCAAAAACAAACUGAUCAUAAGAAAUUGUUUCAAAUACGGUCCGUUGCAGGGAAAUCCUAAGGAAACCUGAGUAACUUUGAGUGUGUAUAUUUAAAAAAAAAAAACAACAAAAAAAAAAGGUUGCUUCAUAACUGUAAACCUGGACUUCCAAGAAUUGGAUGAUGAGAGGGUGAGCCUGCAGUUGACUGGCUCGUUGUCGGACAUGAAGGGGGGGUUACAGGAACCUCUGCAGCCCGUCUCAUGUUCUGGUGUUUGUGAUGUGCUGAGGAUGGCAGCCCUGGCCAGUCGUCCUCCCACGCUUACCGAGAGUCAUGCCAUUGUAAGUUCAGCUGUGUAUAUAUAUAUGCAGAGAUAUCCAGUACUUAACAGAAAAGCGUCUCAACUUGCUCUGUCCAUAGAUUCUGGUCUAAAAUAGCACAGGUUGGCCACUUGAAGUCCCAUUAUGUUGUUUGUACAGUUACUCUCAUUGUGAGAUUAGUGGGGGGUAUUCAAAAUCUCGUGGCCUUAGUGUUUCUUUUUUUCAUUUGCCUUUUUUCUCAACCGUUUAUUAUUGUGGAUCAGAUGUAUUUGCUAAGACAAGGAAGCCUUUUAUCAUCAUAGUACGUUUUGUUUUGUUUUGUUUUGUUUUCUUUAAAUCUUAAAGCGGUCAUGGUUACAGAAUGUUGACGGCUUCAGUGGCGCUAAAACAGACUAAUGUGUUCUCCAGUCGAUAGAGGUUGUCUUUUGAUGCUGAUGAUGAUGAUGAAUAUUUUGGGUCAUUGUUACUGAUAACAGUGUAACACAGUAUGUAAUCCUUAAGGAGCCCCCGUGAGUUUCAGUCCUUGUGAGAGGUCAGUAGUGCUACAUUGUUUCCCACUGCAGUGCUUUGGCUGGUCGCACACCAUUGCAGAAUCAACACUCGCUUGACUCUACUACACACUAACAAUUGCCUUUUUUGUCCAAAUAUUAUGUGGUUGGUGUGUAAUAAUGGAUGUCUGUCAUGUCAUUUGGGUUUAGCCUUAAGUAAGUGCGGAUACACAAAUAAUCAUUGUAGUGCUAAAUGAUAUUGUAACAAACGAUUUCUUUUACCUAUGAUGAACUUUGAUCGUACUGUGUGACAGUCUGUGACGGCCUGACAGCAGGGAGCCAGUUGAUCGGGGCGGCUUUGCUGCCUGUUGAAAACGUUUCUCAAACUUGAUCCUUUCUGUGACUGGUGUCGUAACUUUUCCGUUUAGGCCAGAAAUGUCAGUGCUUGGUGGGAGGAUUGGUCCGCUCAACUGAACAAACGUGUACAUAUCAAGACAUCACAACUGUUGUCUUAUGUGAGAGCCAGUAACGGAAACCUUUAUGGUUGAUUUCAGGGGAGUGUUUUUGUUUGUUUUCUUUUUAGUUUAAAGAUACAGAUAAGAUUCAGUGAAUGACAAUAUAAUCUCAGAGUGCAUUAUCUGGUCUCUGAUUUAUAGGAUGAACAGAUAUUUGUGUUUGAUACAAACAAGAGGCAGAUUACGGAGUUAAGUGAUAUUUUACCAAAAGUAUUAUUGGGAGGAUAUUUUUUUUUUUUUAAGUGGUACUUUGAUAGCAAGGCAAAGUUGUGCAAGUGUGUAAAGAGACAGGAUUCCAUUUAACGUUUUUUCUUGAGGUAAAGUUAAACCCAGUGACGGCAAAGCGGCCAAGUUUGAGAAAUGCAUUAAUUUGCUCUGCAAACACUAUUCCAAAUCUGUGGAAGGGAUACUGCUGGUGCGAGCACAUACUAAAAUGGCUGAAGGGGAAUACAGUAUAUAGUUGACAUCACUUGUUAAUACCUUUUUGACUUAUUGUUUUUAGUAUUAUCAAUCUCAUUGUUAAAAUGCAAUAGAAUCCUUCAGUCUCAGAUCAUUUGUUUAUAAGAUUGAGGUUUAAUUUUACAGACGGAUCCGAGGAUUUCUUUGUCUGAGAAUUUCUCAUCACAUUUUGAUGAUUGUUUCAAGGACCUUUUUUAUUCUGAUGAAAUUGUAAACACU